AUGGCGGGAGGAGCGGGGCGAGUGGCGCUGGCGCGGGGCAACUCGAUCCUCUUGUGCCAGGGCAGCGGCAAUGGAUUCGAUGUGAGCUCGGUAGGAUUUCACAGCCAGGCGCAGCUGCAUUGCGAAGAAUCGCCGUGGACGGGGCUGGAUCCCGACGACGCCGCCCCGGAGGAUCGCGAGGCGGCGGAUUAUCAGCUCCAGCUGCUCCAGCAGAGGGGAUUCUUGUUCCGGACGGAGACGUGCAAUGCGCUGCUGUCGGGCCUGGUGUCGGCGCGCAAGCACGAUCAAGCGCUGCGGCUCUUCAAGGAGGUCCUGGCGGGGCUGUUUGCGCCCAACGCUCACACCUACAAUGUGCUCAUCCGGGGCUUCUGCAAGGGCGGGCAAAUGCACCAGGCGGUGAGCGUCUUCUCCGACAUGAAAUCCAGUGGCUUGCUUCCAAACGCCAGCACCAUGAACACGCUGCUCCUGGGGCUCUGUGAGAUCGGCCAGAUGUCCAGCGCUCUCAAGCUCUUCCGGGAGAUGCAAGCCGGGCCUUUCCUCCCGACUAGCGCCUCGCACAACAUCCUCUUGCGGGGUUUUUUCAUGGCCGGGAGGGUGAGGGAUGCGCUCGCUCACCUCCAGGAUAUGAGGAAGAGCUCGAGCUCGGUGGCAACUGGAACUUACAACCUGGUUCUCAAGGGGCUGUGCUGGGAGAACAAGUCGGCCAACCGGCUCGAGCAGGCGAUGGAGUUUUUCAAGGAGAUGAAGGCUAGUGGUGUGGAGCCCGACCUUGAGAGCUACCAUAUACUUCUCUCGGCUUUGUCCGACUCUGGAAGGAUGGCCGAGGCGCACGCUCUCUUUUCGGCAAUGACGUGCUCUCCGGACAUCAUGACUUACAACGUUCUCAUGGAUGGGUAUUGCAAGAUUGGCCAGACUUACGAGGCGCAGAGCCUGAUGAAGGAGAUACUCAAAGCCGGGUACGAGCCAAACGUUUUCACUUACAGCAUCAUCAUCAACUGCUACUGCAAAUUGGAUAAGGUUGAAGAGGCCUGGGAGGUAUUCAUGAAGAUGAUCGAGAGUAACUGUGUUCCAAAUGCCGUCACCUUCAACACUCUUAUUGCCGGGUUCUGCAAGGCUGGGAUGCUCGAGGACGCUAUCAAGCUCUUCGCUGAGAUGGAGAAAAUUGGGUGCAAGGCAACUAUAGUCACGUAUAAUACUCUGAUCGACAGCCUUUGCAAAAAGAGGGGAGGAGUUUACACGGCUGUCGACCUUUUCAACAAGCUCGAGGGAGCUGGCCUUACUCCCACUAUUGUCACGUACAACUCUCUCAUCCAGGGGUUUUGUGACGCGAGGCGGCUAUCCGAGGCAAUGCAGUACUUUGACGAGAUGGAAGGGAAGUGUGCACCAAACGUAAUAACUUACAGCAUCCUCAUCGACGGCCUUUGCAAGGUGCGAAGAAUGAAGGAAGCGGCGAAAACACUGGAGGACAUGAAAGCUCACGGCUACACUCCAACCGUGGUCACUUACGGGGGCCUCAUCAACGGGUUUUGCAAGUGUGGAGAGCUGAAAAGCGCGCUCCUGUUCUUUGAGAAGAUGAAGCUCGCCGGCUGCGCUCCGAACACGGUGAUUUUCAACACGCUCAUCGAUGGUCUGUGCAAAGCGGAAAGAGCAAACGAUGGCCUCCGCCUCCUGUGUCAUAUGCACGCCGAAGGCUGCAAACCGGACGUUAUCACUUACAACUGCCUCAUCUCCGGGCUUUGCAGCGCCAACAGAGUCGAAGACGCUCAGAGGCUUUUCGAUGGGAUGGCCUGUGCUCCAAACGUGACGACGUUCAACUUUUUAAUCCGGGGACUGUGCGCGCAAAAGAAGGUGGAGGAAGCGAGAAACAUACUGGACCGGAUGACCGCUCCGGACAUGACGACGUUCAACACAAUCAUCCUGGCAUUUUGCAAGGCCGGAGCGAUGCAUGACGCGAGGGAAGUUAUGAAGGACAUGCUCAAGCACGGCUUCUAUCCCAACACGUAUACCACCUAUGCUCUCGCUCAUGGGAUUCAGAGUUCUAAAGGCAAGUGAUGGACCACGCGCAGCAGACUUGAUGCCGUCCAGCAGAAAAAAAAGCUGUUUCUUUCUUCAGUAGGCGGCUCGGGAAGUUACAAGCAGCUCUCGCCUCAGCCUGAAGGCGGUUUGAAAUAUCCGAUUCAGUUCGUUCUAGAAGUCAGGCUUCACUCGCGGAUACACCAGAGCCACAAGGUGUUGUUUCCGAGUUGGAAGUCUUACGGGAGGAGCCCGCCGGUCAUCGUGUCGAGAGCGAACGUUUGAGAAUCGGAGGGUGUUUGUGUGGUUUAGAGUUGCCUCGUUCCAGUACACUCGAAGGUUUUCUCUCAUGAUCUGCCGGUCUCAACCAACCAGCCACCACAGCCAAUGGCAGCUUGGCACGUUGGCACGGGUUCG